CCUUUCCGGCUUUCAAUAGUCUUGAAUGCAAUGGGACUUUCAGAUCUCACUGCUGUCAGUAUCACAAAUCUACAAAACACGAAAUUUUAACCAUAAUAAUCAUUAAAAAUCAUGAAAAAAUAGAUCAAAUUCGAAUUGACGUGUCAUAUUUUCGUAUCGUUAUGGCGGUACGAAAAUCCCACCUGAGACUGGUUUGCCAUAAUGAAGAAAUCAACAAGAUUGAAACUUAUUACAAAUUUGAACGAAUAAAAUAUUGCAAACAGAUAAUUGUGAGGGUAACUGCUGAUACCAUUUAUCAGUAAAUCUUAUGUAAGAUUUUAUGGAACACGUGAUAUUGAUGAGUAAUAGAGACUCAGUAUCGUAGAACUACUGAUAUAAGCUGUCGAUAAUCAUUCUCUACAUCUGUAACGAAAAAGUUAGGAGGAGCCGCGAUAAGUAUAUUGCAAAUGAUAGUUUUCUUUUGAGGAUAUUUAUAUUGGAAAUUAUUUUAUACUUAAAAGAAUUAAGAAUGAUUCCACACGAUAUGAAGCUGAAAAAUGGAGUCGACGAUGAUAGAAUGACUGGCUCUGAAUGUAAAUGCAUCAGCGAAAUUCAGGAAACGGUACAGUGUGAAAAUAACCAGAAAAUGUUGAUGGAGAAUUGUGAAUCAACCAGUCCAUUAUAUUUACGUGUAUUUUCUGCACUGUUGUAUGGAUUUUCAUCAUUUCUAAUCAUUGUCAUCAAUAAAAUAGUUUUAACUACAUAUAAAUUCCCUUCCGUUCAUGCUUUAGGGAUUGGUCAGAUGAUCGCAACCAUUGUUGUAUUAUAUUUAGGCAGGAGUUUACGUAUUGUGAGUUUUCCAUCCUUGUCAUUUGACAUACCAAAUAAAAUUUGGCCUAUACCACUUUUUUAUGUAGGAAAUUUAAUUUGUGGUUUAGGUGGAACUAAACAUUUAAGUUUACCAAUGUUUACAGUAUUAAGGAGGUUUACUAUUUUAAUGACUCUUGUAGGGGAAUAUAUAGUAUUAAAAAUAAGACGAAGCAGUGCCAUUAUUUCAACAGUAUUUGCCAUGAUUGGUGGAGCAAUUAUUGCUGCUAUUGAUGAUCUAUCAUUUGAUCUGAAAGGUUAUGUUUAUGUUCUUGGAAAUGAUUUUUUUACUACAGCUAAUAACAUAUAUGUCAAGAAAAAAUUGGAAACCAAAGGAAAUGAUCUUGGAAAGUAUGGUCUCUUAUUUUACAAUGCCCUUUUCAUGAUAGUUCCACUUUUCAUCCUAACUUUGUAUAAUGGUGACUUUGAAAAAACAAUGAACUUUUCUGAUUGGAAUAACAUAUUGUUUGUGAUUUCAUUUAUUCUUUCUUGCAUCAUGGGUUUUUUUUUAAUGUUCUCAACCAUUAUAUGUACACAAUAUAAUUCUGCAUUGACCACCACUAUUGUUGGUUGCUUAAAGAAUAUUUUAGUAACAUACAUGGGAAUGUAUAUUGGAGGAGAUUACAUGUUUAGUUGGACAAAUUUUAUUGGCUUAAAUAUCAGUAUAAUUGGAAGUUUGGUGUACACCUACCUCACUUUUGUACAAAAAGAAAAAAAGAAAAGUAUAUCAACUGAACAUCUUUUAACUCAAGUGACUGCAGAAAAGAUAUGAGGGAAAAGACUGAAUAAAGUAAUUUCAUGUUUACAGAAAUUUCUGUGGUGUUUUUGUCAGUUAAACCAUUGAUAGUAUCAUUGUGCCUACUUUAUGUAUAUAAAAUAAAUUAUAAUGAAUAAAGCAGUACAAUAAGAUAGCAUUUAUAAUGAAUGAAAAAUUUUAAAAAAAUUUUAAGUUUUGGUUGAGACAUCUGGUUGCAUGGUUUCCUUCAUUGAGGAAAGUCUCUAUUAUUCACAUUUGGUGAAGGUAUGUAUAUAGAUACAUAUAUAUUUACUGCAAUGCAGUAUGUGUACUACUACAAAGAUAUAAAAAAUAUGAAAAGCUUUAUUUUAGUUACUUUAGUCUGUAAUCUUUUAAUUUAUUUUCUUUCAGUUGUAUUUGUUCAUUCCGUAGUUUAAUUUAUAUUUGCAUUUAAUUUUUAAUGUGCAAUAAUGAUAUUGCAAUUUUGCUCAGCAAUAUGUUUAGCUGUUGAUUGUUAUUUACGGAAGGAAGAGUUAUAAAAGUACAGUUUUAAGAAAUAAAACUUAAUAUAAAUAAAGUUAAAAAUGUUUCAAGUACUAAUAUAAUUUUCAAAUAUAAAUUAUCAUAAAUAUAAUUUGAAAUUUUUAAAAUUACAAUUAAAAAAGAUUACACUUAAAAAAUUAUAUAAUUAAAAUAUUUUUAAAAUAAGGAUAGUUUCAAGUUCUAAAAUUAUAUUUUAUGUAUGUUCAGCUGUAAAUUGCAUAUAUUGUAUUGAAGUUUAAUUAAUGAUUGUUAAAUGAUAUUAGCUCAAUAUUUUAUUGAUUAAACAUCAUCUUUGACUUGAUUGAAAAUGCAAUUGUUGUGAAUAAGCAUUAAACAUAAAGAAUUCUUUUUAUAUACUGAAUUUGUAAUUUUGAAUUCUGUGCACAGCAGUAAAUAAAUAGACAUUAAUUAUACAUUCUGCUUUUACAUCAAAAUAUGAUUGUGCCAAAUUUUUUUGUUAAAUUUUUCUUGAACUAUUGAUAUUAGGAAUGCCAUUUUUGAGAAACAUUAAUCAAGAGAUAUUAUGUCAUCAGUACCAAAAUUUAUUAAAAUUGUGACAUGAAGAUCACUUACUAUAAAUUGGAUUACUCAUUCUAUUAAAAUUUUCCUCAUUUAUUCUAGUCUUUUAUCAAAAUUUACUGUGGUAAUAUUACUUUCAAAUAUGAAACAAAUACAAUUUUUCUUUAAGGUUUUAUACCUGUUUGAAAUAAUUUUGUAAUAGCUAAUUUUAAUGAAGAUUUGAAUGUAUUUUAGAUAUUUAUGAUAACAAUAAAUAUGUACAAAAUAAAGACAGAUUUCAUGAUUUGUUACUAUAAUUAUGUUUUCAGAAACAUUAAAAAAUCAAAAAUUUUAGAAGUUUAAAUUAUUUUUAUUAUUAAGCAUUUUCUAGCUUUGUUUUGUUUGUACCUUACAAAUUUCUCUGAAAAUGAAGCCAAAUUAUUUUGAAAAUAUUAAAUAAUUUAAUUUCUAAAAUAACUGUUUUUAAUUUUGUAAAUGUUUGAACAAGAAUCUAAAUGGUUCUUUUUCCUUACAAAACUUUCUGCCUCAAAACUAUGAAAAUUUGUUUUUUAAUUAAUAAUGCAUUCAGACUAACAACUUUUGAUUGGAUUGAUUCAUUUUUCCCAAUUGAUGAUUUUUUCAAUGUAGGGUCAUUACAAUUGAGUUUUUGCUAUUAAAAGUGAAAAAUAUGAUUGCAGUAACUCGAUAUAAGAAGGAAAUUCAUCUCAAUUCAGAAAGAUGAGUGAUUCAAGUGAAAGUUGGAUGAAAAUAAGAAUACAUUUUGUUUGAAUCAGCUGAUAAUGAAUUAAAAGAAAUUAAAAUUACUAAUGGCAUGGAUUAAUAGAUAAAUUUGGUUCUUACAUUUAACUCAAGUUUUUCAGUAAAUAAACUAAUUUAUAAUAAAUGAUUUUCAUGAAUAGACAAAAAUAAUAUUGUAAUGAAUGAUAUUUUAGAUUGGUACAAUUAUGCCUUGUUAUGGUGAUAAUACUUUAUUGAUUAAUAUUUUGUUACUGGUUUUUUUAUUACUUUUAUCACAUAUUUUCAAUGCAAAUUUCUAUAAGAAUUGAUGAACUAAAAUAUGUUAUUAUAGAAAUUAAUAAUUAACUAUUUUUAUUAUUAUUCAUUUUGUAGCAUAUUUGC